GCAUAGGGGCGACUGCGUAAUAGACAAACAAUCCAGCGCUGGCGCAAUGUAGUUCAACUUCUGGCUUUGACGCGGGAGCAUCUCAUUUCGAAAGAGAACAAAUUCAACCAACAUCUAGAAUUUUUGUAACCACUGUUGUUAGUCAAUCAUCAACGUUCCAACAUACAUCACAACGUCCAAAAAAAAUUUUUGCAGGAAAACUGUCAAGUACAAUAUGAUACUUGCAAUUUAAAAUAUUAGUGAAAUAAAAAAAAAAAAAAAAUUAAAAAUGUGUACAUUACUUGAAUAAAGAUAUGGAUUUUUUUUUUGCGAAUGAAAUAUCUGGGUGUUAAAAGUUAUAAUGAUUGUUGUAGUAAAAAAGAAAAAAAAUGCCGGAUGAAUAUCGUCGGGUCAAAGUUUUAUAAUGGAAAAAAAAAUUUUAAAGUUUGUGAUAUUAGUAUAAAACAUUUUUCUAAUAGUUUGCAAAAUGCGAUUACGGUAGUACAUGAUAAUGUAAAGGUUAUCGCUAUUAUCAAGCGAUGUCUACCACUCUUUCCAUAAUUGUCUGGUUCGUCAUUUAUUUUGGAGGUGCUGUGACAUGUUUGCGUAAUUUUCGCACAGAUUUUUUAGAAGAAUGGCCAACACCAGGUACAGGACCUCAUUUUGACACUUCAAUGCCUUCAAAUUUUACUGGGCUUGUUGGCAACAGUGUUGACCUCAUUUGUAAAGUCAAAAAUCUUGGUAAUCGUACGGUGUCAUGGGUGAGACAUCGAGACAUUCAUUUAUUGACAGUUGGUCGUUAUACUUAUACAAGUGAUCAACGAUUUGAAGCACAACAUUAUCCUCAUACUGAAGAAUGGACAUUAAAAAUACGUUAUCCACAAAGAAAAGAUUCGGGUAUUUAUGAAUGUCAAAUAUCAACAACACCACCAAUUGGACAUUCUGUUUAUCUCACAAUUGUUGAACCCGUGACGGUUAUACAAGGUGAACCUGAUCUUUUUGUUAAUCAAGGCAGUACUAUUAACCUCAGCUGUAUCGUCAAAAAUUCUGAUCCACCACCUACAAUGAUCUGGCGUCACAAUAGCGUGGAUAUAAAUUUUGAUUCACCGAGAGGUGGUGUUAGUCUUGUUACGGAAAAAGGACGUGAAACAUCAAGUCGAUUGAUGAUUCAAAAUGCAGUGCCAAGUGACUCUGGCUUUUACACUUGUAAACCGAGUAAUGCAAAUCCAAGUAGCAUUAAAGUACACGUUGUUAAAGAAGAACAUCCAGCUGCAAUGCACCACGGAGUUUGCAGUACUUUACUCACAGACUCAAAAUUAUUAUUUAUGUUAUUAAUUCCGAUGUUUAUUAAAAUUAUAUUCAUAUGAAAUUCAUUACCUUAAAUGUAUAGUCCAAGUUUUACGCAAAAAACUUAUGAUGAAAUUGGCUAUGUUGUUUCACAACUUGGUUAUUCUGCAAUCUGAAAAAGAAAAAAAAUAUAUGAAAAAUAUUUAAGAAAAAAUAAAUAGUAUCUAUAAUGAAUGUGUAAAUGAAAAUUUAUGAUGGAGAAAAAGUAACUUUUAUGUGCAGGGUAAAUUCUAAUAUUACCGUUUUACUAUUGUGACCAAAGAAUUGUUUUUCCUUUUUUUUUUUUUCUUCGUCUUUUUCGAAUAUCAUAAGAAGUCUCUCGGCACAAUAAUAAUUAAUUUAAAAAAUGUAGUAUUUUGUUAAAAUAAUAAAAUUAAAUAAUUUAUAAUAAAUAAGUCAUCGAGAUUUGAAUUUAAACUAAUAUAUAAAAUUAAAAAAUUGUAAAUAAUAAAAAAUUAAUUGUAUGUACAUAUCAAUAAAUCAAAUGUCUUUGGAA